AUGAUGAGGCGGUGUCUCGUCACUCGGAGGCGGGUGGUUUUGCUCCUGGCUCGAACCUCGGUGCUGAGGGUGACGCCGGAAUUCCAAAGGAUGGUCCUGAGGGCUAUAAUCCUCACGCGUUCAAGACGUGGUGGAAUGGCGGGAGUCCUCUUAUGGAGGACCAGGAUGCUUGCGGAGGGGCGACUUGGAUGUCUAAAGUUCAUCCCGGCUUGGGGAUUCCGCGUGAGGAGCUCACCUUUAGGACCGAUUUCGACGAAGCUGCUCAACAUCAUAUUAUGUCUGGCGGGAAGUUCACCGCGUUGGUCCAGAAGUACGAGACGGCGCUUCGGGCAGCUAAGGACGAAGCCUUUGUGUUGCGGCGGAGCAGGAGAUGGCCAAGAUGUCGAUACGAUGGUGGCUGAUUUGCAGCAGGAUAAACUGGCGCUUGAGUCGAAGGUCGCGGCGCUGAACAGGGAGAUAGUGAAGACUCUCGGACUCCAGGUAGCAGACAAGCUGAGGGCUCAAGUGAGUGAUCUGGAGGAGAAGGCGCGUCGGGAUGCAGAGGCUUCUGCUGCUGAGAUGGAGCGUCUCCGACGGUCUCGUCGAGAAUCGGUCGAGGCGGCUGUGACUCAGGUCUUCGACUCGGUGAAUGACUGGUAUGCUCCUCGUCUCCAUCGCUUGUCGGAGUUCGUCGCGCAGCGGGACAUGGUUGAAGCCGCUGUGGGGAGGAGGCAAGUCGACGAAGCUCUCCUCAACUUCGUGAAGAAGAUUCGGGGAGUGGAUCUGAACUUCGACGCGGUGGAGGAGAAGCUCGCGGCUAAGCUGGCGAAGAGCAUCGCGGAUGGGGAUGCGAUUGACGAAGUUGUUAUCGAUGAUGAUGACUUCGCUCCGCCUAACAGCCUUAAACGGCUGGUGCUGCCGGGAUCUCCUUCUCGUCGAGAUGGUGAUGGUGCGGAUCCGGGUGCGGGACCCUCUACUUCUGGGGCCAAGUCUGCUUAG